AUGCGGUGGCGCCCCCUGCUGUGUGUGGCCGGGGCUGCCGUCGCCGCUGGAGCUGUUUAUUAUUUUUACAGGUGCAGGAACCGACACCAGAGGACCAGAGAGGAUCCUGACGAGGAGACAGUCAACGAAGCUGCUAUAGCUAGAACGUCUCACUGGAGUUCUCCACUUCAGCCAGCAUCCAGGCCUGCAUCAAAUGCAUCGUCAGCCAGCCAGGGUGCUCCUGAGGCAGCUGGAUAUAUGUCUCCCCAGAGCCCCCACAUACCAUCUCCCAGGGCUCCAUCAGUGGCUCCUUCACCAUCUCAGCCACCAUUCGAGCCUCAACAAGAAGCAGACUCUACCCAGAGUGUCUUUUGGGUGUCUGGAGAUGCUAAAUCUCCCCAGAAUCCACCCAGAACACCUCCGCAGGUUCCUUCUAUACCUCAGGCACCAUUUAAGCCUCAGCCAGAGCCAGCUUCCUCCAUCCAAAGAGCUCUUGGGGCAGCUGGAGAUCUUACUGUCCCUCCUGAGGUUUAUCGGGUGCCUGCUUUGUAUGACUACUUUGCAGCCAGGAGGACGACCAACUUUCCUCUGAAGCUUUCAGCUUUGCGCCAGGCUUUCACUAUUGUUCUGAGCAACAGCCAUCAUUCCAAAUGUGUGAUCAUUGCAGACAGGGUCCUUCUGGGAGGACUUGCCACUCGAAAUGCCAGGGUGCUUCCAGACUUUCAUCCAGCAUGUCACUUCCUGGUCGCUGUUGCUCAGGAUGCUUCCCACCGGGAAGCUAUUUGCACAGAGCUGGCACAGAUUGGGAUCCAGCACUUUAGCUUUAUAGAUAUCAUCUAUGAGCUGGUGCUGAUGAGAGCGCUGCAAGGAGCGAGGCCUCCGAUCUUUCCAACACCAGGAGGUUUCCUUGGGCACCUAAUGGCCAUGGUUUUCUCCUUGAGUCCCGUCAGCAUAGAGAAUAGGGCCAGAGCUGAACAAUAUCUGUUUCUGCUCCAGGAUGAGGCCCUGCUCCUUUUGGAUGACAUCUUUGGUGGGGAGGAGCAUGUUUAUCAGAAUCCUGGAUCUCUGGCUCUGGCUCUGUGGGACUGUUUGGAGAAGCAUGUUCGGCAGCUCUUGUUGAGGCUCCAGGCUGCCUGA